AUGGGCAAUUGCUUGUUUGGAGGUUUGGGAGAUGCAGAUGGGGUAGUCCAAGUGACAGCAUCAAAUGGUGGGAUAAUGGAGUUUUAUGUGCCAAUCACAGUAGGCUCCAUCACCAAGGAAUUUCCAGGCCAUGGAAUAUUCAGAAGCCAUGACCUAUUUUGGAAACCGCUCUCUAACCAUGAUGAUCUUCUGGCAGGACAUAGUUACUAUCUUCUCCCUCUCAACAGCCAAAGUGGUCGUCACUUGGGCAGCGCCCAGAUUGUGAGGGAAGGACAUGUUAGGUCAAACAGCAUACCAACUUGUUCACUUGCUGCGCCCUACAGAAUGUCGCUUGAUUACCAAGGAAUGAUGAAGAGGUCUUACACCGAGGCGUUUUCGAAGUACAACAACGUCAGUUUUUGGAAGGUGAAGCUGGUGAUCAGUCCAGAGCAGCUGUUGGAGAUUUUGGCUCAAGAGGGUCGGACUCAGCAGUUGAUUGAGAGUGUGAGGACUGUGGCUAAAUGUGGGAGUGGUGGUUCGGUUUCGGGUUUGGGAUUUUCCGAUCAGUGGAGCCUCUCGAGUAGUAGUAGAAAUGCUUCAUCUAAGAAAGAUGGAAUAUUGCUAGACAUUUAG